AUGGAUCCAAGUACAGACUCAACAGCGGAAGCAAUUAAAAAUGCCCUAGACGCGUUAAAUAAUACAAACAGUGGUGUAAAUUCAAACAUUGAAAUGACCGAGUGCAAUACAGUCACCCAACAGCAAUCAGAUCUUGAAACUCAACAAAACCGCCAACUUCAGGCAGAGCAACAAUGGAAAAUGAUGCAAGACCAACAAAAACAGUUGCUGCAAUACCUUCACGAGCAACGCAUAACUAAGCUGCAACAACAACAGAAUUCUCAACAGGGUCCGCAGCUUCAGCAAUCUUCACAAUUGCAGCUAAGCAGCCAACAACCUCAACAAAAUGUAAGUAAAGAACUCAAUAUUUUGGAAAAGAACUCUGCUAAAAGACAAAGAACUUAUGAUUCUCAUGAUAAGUAUAGCGUACCAGUUUCUAAUAGAUAUGAAAUAUUUACAGAAGAUGAAACUGCAAAUGAACCAGUCAAUACUACCCCACUAGUGAAAAUCCUUCCCAUAUAUGUACUAGGUAAAAACUACAAAAUAAUAUUAGAUGAUAUCAAAUCAGUAACCAAAAACGAUUUUUGCACUAGAACAUGUCAGAAUGGAAUCAAGGUUUUCUUCACCGAUGUAGAAGGACUUAAGAACCUAUAA